AGCUGAUCCAACUCCAAGGUCCAGGCCAAAUUUUUAUUCGGCUGCUGUUGAGUUGUAAAAAUUAGUUACACCAAGAUGUUGAAUAUACUACGUUCUCGAUGUAUAUCCCAAAGUCAUUUUUUAGCUUCUCGUGUUCAAAAACAAUUACGAUUGUCUUCUUCGAUCGAACACACACUUCGAGUAAGAAAAGACAUUGAUCACCAACGAGAAUUGUCUAGGCAAGGAGGAGGGCCUAAACGUAUUGAUUCCCAACACAAAAAAGGAAAGCUAACUGCACGGGAAAGAAUUGACCUUUUGUGUGAUGAUAACUCAUUUGUGGAAUAUGAUGCAUUUGCAGAGCACACUUGCACAGAUUUUGGAAUGGAUAAAGAAAAGUAUCCUGGUGAUUCAGUAGUUACUGGCCAUGGUUUAAUUAGGGGCCGACUUGCUUACAUCUUUAGCCAAGAUUUCACUGUUUUUGGAGGAAGCUUGUCCUCUAUUCAUGCCAAAAAAAUUUGCAAGAUCAUGGAUGAAGCCAUGACUGUGGGAGCACCUGUUAUUGGUUUAAAUGACUCUGGUGGAGCUAGGAUUCAAGAAGGAGUUGAAUCCUUGGCAGGAUAUGCAGACAUUUUCUUAAGAAAUGUUAUGGCAUCUGGUGUUGUUCCUCAGAUUUCUUUGAUUAUGGGUCCCUGUGCAGGAGGUGCUGUCUAUUCUCCUGCUCUCACUGACUUUACUUUCAUGGUCAAGGAUUCCUCAUAUCUCUUUAUUACUGGGCCUGAUGUAGUCAAGUCGGUCACCAACGAAGACGUAACUUUUGAAGAGCUUGGUGGAGCCAAAACACACACAACUAUUUCAGGCGUGGCCCACAAGGCCUUUGAAAAUGACGUAGAGGCCCUUCUUCAGCUCAGGGAUUUCAUGGGAUUCCUCCCACGAUCUAAUAAAGAUCCCGCACCUAUUAUGGUACCUUCGGAUCCUUGGAAUCGAGAGGUUCCAGGAUUGGAUGCUGUCGUUCCACUAGAAUCGACAACCGCUUACGAUAUGCUGGAUGUAAUCAACUCUGUCGUGGACGAGAGAGAAUUCUUUGAAAUUAUGCCAACAUCUGCCAAAAAUAUUAUUGUAGGAUUCGCUCGCAUGAACGGUCGAUCAGUAGGCAUUGUGGCUAAUCAACCGAAGGUGGCAGCUGGUUGUUUGGAUAUUGAUUCCUCAGUCAAAGGAGCACGAUUCGUCCGCUUCUGUGACUCAUUCAAUAUCCCUAUAAUAACGUUUGUUGACGUCCCAGGGUUUCUACCUGGCACAGCUCAAGAAUACGGAGGCAUCAUUCGGCAUGGAGCUAAACUUUUGUACGCCUUUGCUGAAGCCACAGUCCCCAAAAUAACCGUUAUCACUAGAAAGGCUUAUGGAGGAGCAUAUGAUGUUAUGAGUUCAAAACACCUUAGAGGUGACAAAAAUUACGCUUGGCCUACUGCUGAAAUUGCUGUUAUGGGAGGAAAAGGUGCUGUAUCCAUCUUGUAUCGAGGAAAGUCCAAUGUGGAACAGUAUGAAGAGGAAUACAUUAGAAAGUUUGGCAAUCCAUUCCCAGCUGCUGUUAGAGGUUUUGUUGAUGAUAUAAUUGAACCUAGAACUACACGUCGUAGGAUUUGUGAAGAUUUAAAUGUUUUAGCAUCUAAAUCACAGAGUAAUCCUUGGAAAAAACAUGGAAAUAUUCCUUUGUAAUAAAAGCAUGGUUAUUUCAGUUUAUGAAUAAAAAGUAUGUUGACAAAAUCGAGUUUUUCUGCAUGUUUAUUUUCCCAGUUUAAAAACUUGAUGUUAUUGUGAGGCAGUUGAUUUUAGAAUUUCUCUGCAAUCAGUCCGUGUUUGAAAAACAUCAUGACCGGUCGACUUUCACCGUUAAUAUCGCGAUAUUCCAUCAGUGCAACCAUUCCGUCAACAUCCAUUUGA